AGAAGUAAGGGUAUUGCUGGUCUUAGUGUUUAUUACAUCAUUUCUAUGCUAGUGUUGAAUAAAUUAGUGUCUCAAUUAAUUGAUUGAUCAUUUCUGAAAUGUUUCAUUAAAUGACAAAAGGUGAUUCACAGAUUAGAUGACAGGCCUUUUUCUCAUCUCAUCCUGAGAUGUAUCUGUGAUCUUCUGUUCUGGAUUCUGGGAUUGGUUGCAUGAAGGUCUUUUUGGGUUUCUGGGAGUGCUGUUCUUUGCAUGUUUCGAACAGAUAAGUACUUGGCUUCCUUGAUGAGCCUUCAAGGUUUCUGAUGCUGUUUUUCUGCACUUUUUGAACCCUAUUCCUUUGUUUUGCAUUUGGGUAUUGUUUUGGAGUUGUCCCCUCAGUUGGCGUGCUAGUUUUUGUUUUUAUGUGUGUGGAUUUGAGAUUUGGUCUCUGUGAAAUGAUGUUUGUGAGACAGAUUUAUUCCUGUUAAAUUGGUGGCUAUUUUUAAUUGAAAAUCAAGAGGGUAAUAAACGAAAAUGAAGAAGCUGUUGGAUGAUGGAGCGUGAAUGAGUUUGCAUGCUUUCAAUAUAUGUUGAUAGUGUGAAAAGGGUUGAAAGAAAUUGGAUUGGAGCUAAGAUUUGAGGUCUAAUGGGUUCAUUGGUCUGAUUUGGGUUGUGGUUUGUGCGAAGCAAUGGAAGGGAAUUUGCCCCAGGGAGGUAUAAUUCAAGGUGGGACGUCUUUCGGUGGCUUUGAUUUGCCGGGAUCAAUUCGGGUUCAGCAUCAAGCACAACAUCCACAUGCCAUGCACCAACAUCAAACUCAUCCGCGUCAAGGAUCUUCUGUACAUUCCACAGUUCAUGAUGUUUUCCCUCUUACAAUGGGAACCCUGCAGAACUGUGACCAAACUAUUUCAAUGACAGAGUUUAGUAAAGAAAACAGAAGUAAAAACUCAGCGAGUGAGGAAGACGAGCCGAGCUUUACCGAGGAUGGUGUUGAUUGUCACCAUGAAGCUAGUAGAGGGAAGAAAGGAUCACCUUGGCAGCGGGUUAAGUGGACUGAUAAGAUGGUAAGACUUCUGAUAACAGCUGUUUCUUAUAUUGGCGAGGAUGUGACUGUUGAUGGCGGUGGCAGUGGAAGAAGGAAGUUUGCAGUAUUACAGAAGAAGGGUAAGUGGAAAUCUGUUUCCAAGGUCAUGGCUGAGAGGGGUUAUCACGUUUCACCUCAGCAAUGCGAGGAUAAAUUCAAUGAUCUCAAUAAAAGAUACAAAAAGCUUAACGAUAUGCUUGGGAGAGGCACUUCUUGUCAGGUUGUUGAAAAUCCCGCUCUGUUGGAUGUGAUAGAUUUUCUUUCUGAUAAAGAAAAGGACGAUGUUCGAAAAAUAUUAAGCUCAAAACACCUGUUCUAUGAGGAGAUGUGUUCUUACCAUAAUGGUAACAGGUUGCAUUUACCCCAUGAUCCUGCAUUGCAACGUUCACUCCAGUUAGCGCUGCGAAAUAGGGAUGAUCAUGACAACGAUGAUAUGAGAAGGUCCCAUCAUGACGAUCACGGCGAAGAUGAUCCAGAUGUGGAAAUUGAUGAUCAUGAUGAUUUUGAAGAGAAUUGUGCUUCUCAUGGUGAUAGUAGAGGAAUAUAUGCACCAUUAGGUGGAACUGUGAAGAAACUGAAACAAGGCCAAGGCCAAGAAGAUGGUAAUACUUUUGGCAAUUCUCUAAAUUGUCAGGACUACAACAGAAGUUCGUAUCCCCAUGGACAGAUGGUCCAAUCUGAUGUGAAUCAAGGUUUACCUGAAAGCAUGAGAGCAGCUUGGUUACAGAAGCAAUGGGUUGAAUCUCGCUCACUUCAGUUAGAGGAACAAAAGAUACAAAUUCAGGUUGAGAUGCUGGAACUAGAGAAACAGAGAUUCAAGUGGCAGAGGUUUAGUAAGAAAAAGGAUCGGGAGUUGGAGAAGCUAAGUCUAGAAAAUGAAAGAAUGAAGCUUGAAAAUGAACGUAUUGCUUUAGAACUUAAGCGAAAGGAAAUGAGCACUGGCUUUAAAUAGAGUAUCAGGCUCUCUCUUGGAGAGAGCAGUGAUUCUGCGGUAAAAGCAGAGAAAGAGGUAGAAGUGAAGUUGUGGUAACAGAAGAUCUGUUGACGCAUGUAACAACAAUAGAUUGGAGGAAGUUACUGAAGAUUCUUGCAAAGAACAAACACCAGUGGAGGAAGAUUUCAUUCACUUGUGCAAGGACGCAACAGAAGCGGUUGCACAAUGGAAUGGAAUUGAGCAACAAUGAAGGAGCAAAGGAUCUCGUCUUCAAAAAGAUUUGCUCCACUGCCACAAUUCAUUCUGUCUUCCAUGUGCAAGAUUCACUUAAUCUUCCUUGGUUUGCACUUGAGAAGUAUGAAUCAGUGACAACAACCUUGUAAUGUCAUCUAUCAACCAGAACCUUUGUUCUUUUUUCCUUUUUUGUAGUUGCCAGUGACAUCUUCAUCUUCUUCUUUACCAAUGGCGCCCCCUCCUCCCCCAUUGACUUUUCCUGUGUUUUACUUCUCCAUUGAACUCUAGUCUUUCUUGGGUGCCAUUGGCAACACCCUAGAAAUGCUCCUCAAAAUCGCAGCGUAGAAUAGAAGAGUUCAAAUUGGGAAAAUUCAUUAGGAAUUGUGAGAAAUUGGAGGAGCUUUCUAGGAAUUGCAUUAGAAACAUCUAUGGAAGUUCCACAGAGUCAGAGCAUUUUAUGCAAAUAAUACAUUGCAAUGAAAUGCCAUAU